GUCAGCUGAACAAAGAUGUCACAUAUGGACAAUUUUAUUCUUUUCUUAGUUGUCUUCAGGUUAAUCAAUGCAGUGGCUGGAUAACUUCAAAUGGCACGCUUAGGAAUUUGACUACAGAGAGAGCCAUGCAGCUUUCCAAUGUCUUGAAAGAAAUAGCAAAAUCUGAGAAAUAUGCCAAUUUUGACAUUUUCUACAUGGAUUUCCCACUGAAAGAAAUUAUUGUGAUGUGGCAGAAAAUGGGAGGAGAAAUCUGGCAGCUGUUAGAACCCAUGGAUGGAUUUCAUCCUAGUCAGUUCGCCUCUGCGCUCGAAGCAAGAAUCCUCUGGAAGAAGCUCCUCCAGGAAAGGCCUGAUAUUCUUGGAAAAGAAAAUCCAUUCAAUAGUGAGAUUGCAGCAAUCUUUCAUGGUCAGGGACACUGAUAUUACAAGAACGGGCAACCUUUUUCCAUCGUUGCUUUCUCUUAAUCUGAGCAAAAAUAAAACAUCUAUUUUUCUUCUGCACGAUUUUAUCUGAACUCCUAAGAAAUAUAUAUUUCUUAUAUAUAUAUAUAUUUAAAACUCAUUUAACAGAUAGCUUAACUCAUAAUUCCCAUGUUUUGAGUCCAAGUGUAGCACUUUAUACCAAGGAUAAGUGGAGGUGUAGUCGACUCACAUACAACAGAAAUGUACAUGAAGAUCCUUUCAGUUCAGAACAAGUCUUGAUUGCUGAGAAUGAUGAGGAAGGAUGGUGGUACAUGACAAAGAAUGGAAGGAAUGGCAAGGUAAAGAGUUGAGAUUUUUCAGCAGUUUCUAGCUGCCUGGUGAUCACAUCCUCCAUCCUGGGGGAUUCUUCACACAUCUGGUAAACUCCAGAAACUCUUUGAAUCAUGUUGUACUCUGGCUUGGCUAAGCACCAGAGCAUUUCCAGAUGUAAGUGGCUAUGAGUGAAUGGUUAUAGCUAUUAAUGUAUAUAAGGUAAUCAAUGGCAUGAAAGAAUAGAUUAAAAGGACUGGAUGACAUUCAGACUAAAAGACAUGUGGGGAAAAACAAUGUAUGUCAUUCAAUUAAAAACCUCUAUGUUCACUCAGUACCUAUUUGGUUAUGCAAAAUAUUGACACUGAAAUAUUAUAUCAGGUAAACUACAACUGUGUAGAACUUAAAGUCAAAGAGAUGUUUUGGAUCUUAUGGCUUUGGGAACAUAAUGUUGCUUGCUUGCAAUGUGUUUAAGCAGCUGAGAUUUUUCUCAGGAUUGUGCUACUGCAGCAUAAUGCUGGGAAGAUAUUUUUAGUUUAAUGAGCUGCAGGCAGGUGUUAGAUGUAUUAGCCUAUUCACCCUCAAACACCUUCCUUUCUCCAGGGAUUAUCUCUCCACCAGGGUUGCCAUAAAGUUAUUUCCUUCAGUGGCUUCAGGCUUUGCUCCUUGAUAUAUGUAGCACCUUCAGUCCACACAGCACAAACACAUCACGAAUAAUCUCCUUCAUUGCCUAACAAAUCUGCCUUUUAAACCUUUUCUCCAAAGGGCUGAGGUAUCUGCUUUUAGGUGCCUUACUCAGUUUGACAAGCUUCUAGGAAUCUAUAUCAGUUUUUCCAUGGAACAAGCAGUCAGAAGCUCUAACCUUGAGACCAACUUACAAGACCCAUAUCCAUCAGGGAGCUCACACUGCCACACUCUAAUGUUCUAAAUACAGUAGUUGUAGGUGUUCUGUUUAAUUGACUUCUAAUACACAUUCUAUUUAACUGGAACACUGCAGAUAUAUCGCUUUAAUGUUUCUGCUAGACAUUAAAUUAUAUGGCUUUGCCUCUCCCAUUAAUAUUUUGUCCUACACUAUCUGUGUAGCCUUUAUCACCCAAAGAUGCCUUUUUUAGAGUAAACAGGCAAUAUACUGUUCUCUAGGAUUGCUUAAAAAUAAAGAAAUAUGUGAACAUCUGAUUGGUCAUUGUAAGAAAGAAAAAGUGCUGGACUAAGGUGGACACUUACCUGAUUGGACAGGGCUAUUUUUAUGUAAUAUAUUUCUAACUUUUCAGCCCAUUAUUCAAGCUCACCCUUAGCUUUUAGUUAGCAGUAUUAAAGGCAGAAUUUUUUUUUUUACUAGAAGUGCUUUAAAUCUAUCUAGAAAACUAGUUUUAUGUCCAUUUUAUUAAUACCCACUAAAGCCAUAAAAAAAUCUACUUGGCAUUUUUGUUGUCCAGUAUGUAAUUUUGUGCAAUGCUAUGAUAUUCACAUCAUCAGUACAACAGUUAAUUAAUAAUUCUGAUGAAAAUAAAGUUUUAAGAAACCACAAGAUCUUUGAAGUGUGAAAUUGCUUAUUCCUUUAAGAGAAUUUUCAGCUAAAAUAUCC